AUGACCUUCAAGCAGCCCUCAGCACUCGGCCCUUUCAAGCCGACACUCAUCCUUCAUGGGGGUGCAGGCUCCCUCUCCCGUGCAAAUCUGCCUCCCGACCUCUAUGCACGUUAUCGUGCCUCCCUAACCAAAUACCUAACAGUCACCCGUGAGCUACUCAACUCGGGGACAUCGGCCCUUGACGCCGCAUGUCAUGCAGUUGCUUUGUUGGAGGAUGACCCCUUAUUUAACUGCGGUCGCGGGUCUGUCUUCACCGAGUCAGGAACCAUUGAGAUGGAAGCCAGUGUAAUGGUAUCUUCUGUCGACCCUGCUGGACCUCCUGCUGGUGGAAUCAAACGUGCCGCUGCUGUCAGUCUCGUCAAGAACACGAGGCAUCCGAUUCUUCUUGCCAAGGAGGUGCUUUUGGAAGCAGAUGAAGAUGGUGGCCUGGGCGGCACGAGUACGAUGCACUGCCAACUGAGCGGGAGAGCGCUAGAGGAAUGGGGUUGGAGGGACCGAGGUCUCGAGAAGAAACCUGACCGUUGGUUCUGGACCAAAAAGCGCUGGGAGGAGCAUAGAAGAGGGCUCCACCCCGACGACUCCUACUCAUUCAACAAUCUCGUCGCCUCGAUCGAUCCAUAUACGGAGUCACCUUUCGAAGACGACGACGACUCCGAAGUGGAUGACAUCCCCAGUCAAGGCACGGUCGGAGCCGUAUGUCUGGAUUCUUGGGGCAACCUCGCCGUGGCAACGUCAACCGGCGGACUCACAAACAAGAAAGCCGGGAGGAUUGGAGACACACCCACCAUUGGCGCUGGGUUCUGGGCAGAGGCCUGGGAAGAAGAUUCUCCAACCCUGCCCCCACCCCAGGUCCGACAGAAGCCGUCGUCGUCGCGUAGGUCUUCGGGACUCGGAAAACUGCCCGUCCUAGACCAGAUCCUGUCACGCGCAAAUGAUUCUCUGGGAUCUUGCCUCAAUCCAUCCGACGAACCAGAACAUCUCUACGAACCACUGAACACAUCUCCUCCGGCCUAUACUCCAUCAGCAACUACCUCAUUAUACCAACCCUACCCGUCCCCUCAUGCCCGACACCCCUCUUCGUGUAUACCAAAACGCCGUCGCGCAGUAGCGAUGAGCGGAACCGGCAACGGCGAUUCCUUCCUGCGUCUCAACGCCGUGCGCACUGUCGCCGCGCACUGUCGUCUCUCAGGUCCUCCCGGAUCCGUAUCUCUAGCUGAAGCCGUCAAACUCGUCACCGGUCCAGGCGGCGAACUGCAACGCUCGGCUGGUGAUCGGUGGGGAAGGACGGGCGAAGGUCAAGGCGGCAUCAUCGGGAUCGAAGUCAUUGAUGAGCAAGACGAGGAAGCGCCACUUGAAGCGUGGACGGAUUCCUUGGAGAAGCAAGCAGUUUCGAAGAAGAAGAGGGGUCGAGUAGUGUCUGAUUUCAACUGUGGCGGUCUGUUUAGAGCGUAUUAUGAGCUUGACGAAGAUUCCGGCGUGGAGAUGCCCAAGGUCAUGGUCUUUCAUGAGGAGUAUUGA